AACAUUUAAAAAAUUUGACACCUGUCAAUUGCUGUUGUAUUUUCUUUUUCAAAACGUUCAAAUAAGCAAUUUUGAUAUCGUUUAUCUAACUGUAAAAAUUAUGUCACAAACCAGCACAGUUUGCAAUACAUCCUGCUGCUUGGAUGGAUGUUCCAGUAGUAGAGCAAAAAAUCCUAACCUUUCAUUUCAUAAGUUCCCUACAAAAAACAAAUCGUCUGUAUACAUUGUUAAUGAACAAGGACUUCGAGAAAAAGUCGACAGAUAUAAGGCUUGGAUACAAUCCUUGAAAUUGCGAAAACGUAUCACGAAGACUGCAACAAUAUGUUCAUUACAUUUCACAAGAGAUGAUUUUAUACUACCAGAUUGUCCAUCGCAAAAACCUAGGUUGAAGAACACUGCAGUGCCGCAUUUGAACAAUCAAAAUUCAUGGAUAAAACGUAGUGUUGUAUAUAGAGGACCUGGAAAGAAAAAUGUUAUUAAUAGGAAAGUGGGUGAUUCAACAUCAAGAAAACGUUUGAAAAUGAAAAAUGUCUCCAAACAGAUGGAUGAGUUCAAUGCCAGGAAAACAAAACAUCUUUUAAAAUUUCCUGAAUAUUCCAGGAAAAUUUCAGUUGAUGGAAGCAAAGGAACUGUUAAUCAACUCGAACGUAUCUAUGCUAAUGAACCGGAAGUGAAAGAUUUCGAAAAGGACAAUAAAUUUGAAGUAUUAUAUCUGACUCCAGUGAAAUUUGAAAGUUCAAGAUAUUCGGAUGAAGAAACAAGCAGCAGUAAUAGUGAGAUGGAAAAUGAAGAAAUGGAUGAUAAACUCUCCUCGGAUUCUGAGCAUCAAGACAAUGAAGAAGUGACUCUAGAUUCUCUUCAAAUUUGUCGAAUUUGUUUGAAGACCAGAAAGCUGAUCUCUUUAAUAAAACUCCCUUCGUUGGUAAAUCUAUUCAUAAACAUCACACGUAUUAAGGUAGAAGAUGGAGAUGAUCUACCGAAAUACAUGUGUUCAGACUGCAUACAAAAACUUGAUGAUAUUUCAAAAUUCAUCAACAUGGCUAGGAAAAGUGAUGAGGAUCUUAAACAGAGCUUGUUUGAUAAUUACGAAAGAAAAAGUUCAGUUGAUGUUGAUGAGAAAAUAUCGAUCACUGAAGAAGGUAAUUCAAAAAUAUCACAAAAAGUAAUGGUUACUGAUGAUACAAUAGAUACAAUCGAGAGUCCACAACCGAGUGGGAGGAAAGAAAAUAUAUUGAUUGUCAAAAAAAAUGAAGAUAUUUACAGAAAUUGUACUUGUUGGAAAUGUGGAGUACUUCAUGUUGGCGUUAAGUUCCCAAAACAUCUAUCUGAUGUACCACUCUAUAAAAUAAAAUUUCAGUGUCGAAAAUGUGCACUGUUCAGAUCGAGUCCGAAUAAAAACCCAUCCGACGCGAGAGAAAGUUUUAGUCCAACAGUAUUUCCUGAUAUAGAGCCCAAUAAUGAAGAUAGAAAACUCAGAUGUGCACCUUGUUCAACGGAUUUUCCCUUGAGUGAAUAUGCGGAACACCAAGCAAAAGAGCAUAAAACGAAGAAACGGUUCAGAUGCCUGAAAUGUUUGGCUGCUUUUUCUGAUCCUAAUUUAUUGGUACAGCAUUCAAUUAAACAUACAUAAGCAAAAUUUGUAACUGAUAUUGAAGUAUCAAGCGUAUGAAGAGGAAUUUUAUGUUGAAGUUUAUAUGAAGUUUGAAAUAUGGUUCAAAGAAAAGUGAAAUAUUCUAUAAAUUGAAAAAUAUAUUUUAGAACGUUAUGAGUAUCGAGAGCAUGACACAAGAAUUUUUUCAAUAAAAAUCGUUGAUUUCAGAUAUUAUUUUCUCUAUGUUAAUUGUCGGUGAUUAUGUUUAUCUUAGCUGUAUUAAUUCAAAUAACAAGAAGUACAAGAACGGAACUGAACUGAUCUUACAGAGAAAACUCAAAAUAUUGAAAAAGAAUAGUUUGAUAUUGAUAAACGUGAAUGAUAUUGAAUUUUGA